GUAGGGAGCGUGAGGGAGAGAGAGAAAGAGAGAGAGUAGAGAAAGGACCAGGAAGCAUAAAAGGACAAGAAAACAACACAUUAUUAACUGUGCUGUGAUUAGAGGAUUCCUGUGGAGUGUGGGGAGGAAAGUGGAUUUUUGUGUGGUGUUCUCUAGUGAGGGGUCCUCUAGUGUAUUUCGCUCUCUUGGUGUGUUAUUAACUAUAACAAUAAAGCAGUGAAUAAUUUUUCCCCAUACCAGAGCGCGGAGGAAAUGAAAAUUCAGAGCACAAGUUCAGCACAUCACAACUGGACCCAGUAGGCCUGAACGCUCCACCUGUGUUUCUUGUCUCCUCAGCCUCAGGUGCUAGCAUGGAGAUGGAAGAUGAGCCACUGUUGUUUCAGACCAGCUGGGUAGCGGAGGAGGAGGAGGAGGAGGAGGAAGAGGAUGAAGUAAUGCAUGCAGCAGGACAGGGCUGUUUCUCUGGGGAUGCUGAGGUAUGUGGAGUGUGGAGGGCAGUGGCAUGGGUGUACACACAGCCCUGGGCCAGUGGAGUGGUUCUAGGGGUGGUUGUCCUGCUACCAUGUACCCUGUUUGCCUACAUGCUCCUCUACUGCCCUCCUCUGGACAUAGACCUCUCCUACAGUGCCUUUGAGGUUCACAGUCACUUCUCUGCCGAGCGCUUUGACGCCCUGACCAUUGCUGUGAAGUCUCAGCUGGGGUCGUGGGACAGACGUAGGCGAGACUUAGAUAACAGCGAGUCUGAGGCCCUGCGGGAGCUUCUGUUGGAGAAGCUGGGCAGACAGGGAGUAUUCAACAGAACAGCUAAUGAGGGCACAAUGUCCUCCACUUCUAAAAACGAGCCCUUUCGAGCAGGAGAUGAUAAGAAGAGAGGACUUGCAAUGAGUAGAGAUAAAAGUACUGUGCCUGAUUUGGGUCAGGAGGAAAUGAGGAAGCGCAAGAACUCAAAUCACAGAGAAGAGGGUGAAGAGGAGAGAUCAUGGGAUGGAAAUUCUACUUUGCCCCUCAUUAGGAGGCGCAGGUUUUCUUCCAAUUAUUACUUGCAGAGCCAGGCACUGUGGAGAAUUGAGCUGGUGUUUGUAGCUCAAGGAGAGGGAGAUCGCAACAUCUUCACCCCAGAACGUCUGCAGACAAUUCACCACGUGGAGCGUUUGCUCAUGCAACACCCACAGUUUCAUCAGUUCUGCUGGAAGCCUCUGGAGGUGUUGAGGGAUCUGCCACUGGGACCAUCCUACUGCUCCCCACCCAGCUCACUCCUGUCUUACCUCUAUCCCAGUGAGAGAGGAGGGAAGAUCUACUACGAUGGCAUGGGUCCAGACCUGGCUGAUAUUCAAGGUUCUCUGAGUUUGGCCAUUACCCACCCGCAGUUCUACUGGUAUGUGGACGAGAGUCUGUCCCCUGAGCAUCUCUCCUCCUCUCUCUUACGCAGUGAAAUCCACUUUGGAGCUCCUCUUCCUUCCUACUACUCUCUGCAGGACCGAACCGAUGAGCAGAGAACUCGCUUCAAAAAUUUUGUGGUUCAGUAUGCAGAUAUCCUGGCCAAGCAGUCUACAAGCCAGGUGAAGGUGCUGUAUGGGGGAACAGAGCUGUUUGAUGAUGAGGUGAGACACACCUUUCACAAUGAUAUGAUGCUGGCUGUCAUCAGUGGAGCCUGCAUUACUGUGCUCGUCUAUGUCCUUACCUCUUUCUCCGUCUUUCUGACUUUCUUCGGUUUGGCCAGCAUUGGACUGAGCUGCUUGAUGGCUCUCUUCUUAUACCAUGUUGUCUUUGGUGUGAGGUACCUGGGCAUUCUCAAUGGAGUGGCGGCCUUUGUUAUUAUUGGUAUUGGGGUGGAUGAUGUAUUUGUGUUCAUCAGCACCUUCAGACAGGCGUCUCACCUGCGUCAGCCACGGCAGCGAAUGAUCUACACGAUUAAAACAGCUGGCCGUGCUACUUUCCUUACCUCCUUCACUACUGCAGCUGCCUACGCUGCUAACACCUUCUCGCAGAUCCCAGCCGUGCAUGACUUUGGACUAUUCAUGGCCCUCAUUGUCAGCUGCUGCUGGCUUUGGGUGUCUGUCCUGAUGCCAGCCACCCUGUGUAUAUGGACUCAGUGUGUGGAGCCUCACAAACAUGCCUGGUCGAAUUGCUGGAAGCUGUUUUCAGGCCUGUCAGUGAGCCACAGCCCUUUGUCAGAUGAGGAUGAUGAUGUGGCACUUCUGUCAGUAGAGAUGGAACCAGGCUCCUGUGACAUAGACGGCGAUGCAGCCAUUCUGUCCCUAUCAGUGGAGAUGCCUCUGUCUCCUCCAGGGCAGCAGCAUGUGGGUGUGGUGAACACAAAUCUCCAGUGGGCCCUGAAGCAUUUAGUGGCAGAGCCGGCCGUGGAGCAACGAAAAGCUGUGCUAGGCAUCUUCCUCCUGCUUCUGUUGUUAUCGGCCGGGUGCUGCUGUCUCCUGAGGCCUGCCACUCACGCCCCUCUACUCUUCCGCCCGGACACGAACCUCCAGACUCUGCUGGCACUGAGGAGCAACCUCAGUGGUCAAGGCAUCUCCUGCCCCAUGUGCUCAGGUGUGUUCAUGGAAAAGCCCCACGCUUUGAACACCCACACGUACUCAUCAGCAUUUAAGUUUUCUACACAUCAACAGGCCACCAGCUCAACAACCUCUGCUGUUCCUCGGAGCUCAGUGAAGCCAAAUUCGGGCACCAACCAAACAAGCUCUUUGCUGACCGUGUACAUAUCAAAGUUGGACCUUGGAACCUCUACAACCCUUUACCGGUGCUCCCUCAACAUCAGCACUCCCUCCCUGUGGAAACCGUGCAGCACAGAGAUUCAGGAGGUGCCAUCAUUUCAGGCAUAUAAUCAGCCCUGCAGCAAUUACACCACCAGAAUGACAGUGUGUGUUACCCAUGUGUACCACCCGUACCCCAGCUGGAUGAUCACGUCUGGCUCAUGUGACCCCCAUCAUGGCUGGACGCCAGAGUUUUCCUUUUAUGUAGCAGCAGUUACGCAGCAGCACAGCAGACGGCUUUACUUUGCACAGCGCCGCCUGAGACCUCAUCCCAGCAGAGUGUGUGUCAACCCACCUGGCUGCGGUGUCAGUUCUGGGCCUGAUGGGCCCACACAGGGAACCUUUUAUACUCCUCUUCCCAGUGAUCCCUCAUCCAGUGCCAGUAUGAAACCAUCUAAAACAUUUGGCUUCAACCCAUGCAGUGGUGGUGUGUGUGGCCGCCCAGCGGUGCGUCCUCUGGUCGACACAGGAGCUAUGGUAUUUUUGGUGUUUGGGAUUCUGGGAGUCAACCGAAGUGAACACAAGGACAACCAUGUUAUUGGGGAUAUGGGCAGCAUUAUAUUGGAUCCAGACUUUGAUAUUUUCCAGGAGAUGGGGCAUCUUUGCAAAAUCUGUAAAGCUGUUAGUGCAAACAGACAGCUUGUGAAACCAGGAGGAGCACAGUGCCUGCCUUCAGGCAACAAGCUGUCUUCUGUACUGCCUCUGCUCCAUCCUGAGUGUCACUCUCUCCCUGAACCCAACCUGCUCCCAGGGCAGCAUUCCCACGGAGCAGUGGGAAUGCACGGAGGCAAGGUCCGCUGGCUGUCUAUGGCCUUUGAGUCUACCACGUACAAGGGGAAAUCCUCCUUUCAAACCUAUUCUGAUUUCCUUCAGUGGGAGAACUUCAUCCAGGAGCAACUCGCCAGCCUCCCGCAGUCUUCUGCUCUGCAACGAGGCUUCCAGACCUGUGAGCACUGGAAGCAGAUAUUCAUGGAAAUCAUAGGUGUGGAGAGUGCCCUCUGGAGUCUGUUACUGUCUCUGGCCAUCUGCGUGGCAGCUGUGUCUGUGUUUACUGCACAUCAUUUACUGCUACUGCCAGUACUCAUAACCAUAGUAGGUGUGAUCUGUCUGGUGGUGGCAGUCAUGUAUUGGCUGGGCUGGGAGAUGGGAGCAGUGGAGGCCAUUUCUCUGUCUAUACUUGUUGGAUCUUCAGUGGAUUACUGCCUUCACCUGGUGGAGGGGUACCUGCUGGCUGGGGAGACCUUGCCCUCUGUGUUUGGUCAUAAUCUGGAGCCUCCGGCUGAGAGACGGAGGCGGACCCUGGAGGCAGUGAACCAUGUGGGCGUUGCCAUAGUGUCCAGCGCCGUCACCACAGUGAUCUCCACUGUGCCUCUCUUCUUCUGUGUCAUUGUGCCUUUUGCCAAGUUUGGCCAGAUAGUGGCCAUUAACACCGCCGUUUCCAUUUUGUUUACCCUGACUGUGACUGUGGCCCUGUUGGCGUGCAUGGCCCCUGCCCACUUUAAUAGGCCGCCCAGUGCUGUCCUGAAGGCCAGCCUUAUUGUGAUGGCGGCCACAGCUGUGGGAGCAGCUUUGUGCUGGAUAGGAGGACAACUGGGAGCACUGGCCUGGCAGUCAAUCAGCACAUAAACACAACUGCCCAUCAAUUCAUAGUGAUGUCAGGUGGAGGAGUGCGUCCUCAGUACGCAAAGCUAUGAGAACUGUUAGCACUGUAUUUUCCUCCAUGAUUAUGAGGAAUAUCAGAUCAGUAAUUGAUCUUGUACUUUACAGCACAAAGAUGUCAGAAUCAACUCCAUAAUUAACAGUUUGUCAUCAGAAAAGACUUGUUUUUUCACUUGUAUUGAUCAGUGGAUUGAAAGUAUUGGGAGAAAUUCUUACCCGCUGGGGUAUUUUUUCUAAAUUAUAGUGUAAAUGGCUAUGUGAGUCAAAGUAGGGUUGACAUGAUGAUUCAGGUUGAAGUAUUCUUCUUCUCGCCCUCAACCAUGAGUUGAAGAUGAUUGAGUAACUGUUGGGAAACACUGGCUGAGUCACAGAUUCUCAUCAGCGUAACGUACCGAGCUGUGAAGGGGUACUGACUGUUCUGUGACUCGCUGUGGUGAAUGCUGUCAGAAUUCUUUCGUCUGUGAAGAUUAGUGUUCACAGUGGUCAUUUUGUGAAACAUCUCGCUUGUUAAAUUAUUUGUGUUGUCUUAAUUGUGCAUUGAAUUAUGUUUUCAGCCACAUUUGUAACAAAGGUUAUGAUGUCCUGCUGUGGCUGGAUUAAAAGUUGUAUAGGCCAAAUUUAUACUGUGCACAGUUUUGUUAAAUGUAACUGUGUGAUGUAAAUGUCUCAAUGUGCAGCUUUCAUACAUUCUGCUGAGGAAGUGUGAAUGCCAGUACUCACCACAAGAUCUUUUUUCUCACCCUCGCCACAUGUUUAUAUUUUAGACCUCAAACUGCUUCAAGGUCUCUAUUUUUGUCAUCAGCACCAAUUGAAAGAGACCUCUUGUCAGCUCCUCAGGUGUACGCUCUACACGCCCUAGUAGACACUCACAGUAACCCAUUCUGAUACCCCUCCCCACAACUCUCACACAAUUUAGAGCACCACUCAAACAUCGAUUGAUGCCAGCUCCGGUCCACUCCACAGUGAAGGUGAGGGGCCAUUUGUCAAACCGCAUAACACAAUAAUGGUUAGAGAGAGGGACUGACUCAGUUGCAGCAAGAGCAGUAAAUUUCUGUUCUGUGCGAGUGUGUCUGUGUGUGUGCGUGUGUGUAAGUUACUUGUGGAUGUCAAAUAAAGCAGG